AUGGCAAUCCAUCAAAGCACGGAUUCAUGUCUUCCCGACUUCCAAGACCAUGCUUUGAUUGGUGACGCCGACCAAAUCCCCGUCAGUGCCCCGACUCCCAUCGUCUCCGUCAGUCCCAUUAUCCUACCAGCACCGGAUCGCAUCGUCGAUUUGCAUCUUCGCGUUACAGCCCCUGUUAUUGGAGACGAGCUUCCAAUCAUUCUUCUCUCUCAUGGCCAGGGAAAAUCGAACAAUCUUUCCUCUCUCAAUGGCUAUGGACCCGUCGCCAACUUCUGGGCCUCUCAUGGCUUCGUCGUCAUCCAGCCCACCCAUCUGAGCUCCAAAUCCCUGAAUCUUGGACCUGACACCAGUUCAGACGCCCCUUUCUUCUGGCGCUCGCGCGUGGAAGACAUGAAACUCAUUCUUGACGAGCUCUAUACCAUCGAAGACGAUUUCCCACAAAUCCAAGGACGUCUCGACCAUAGCCGGAUUGUCGCGGUGGGGCACUGUAUGGGCGGACACACAGUCAGCAUGCUACUGGGAGCCAGAAUGAUCGAUCCCGAAGACGGCACGGAGGUCGAUCUCAUCGAACCUCGUGUGAAGGCUGGGAUACUACUAGCGGCCCCUGGUGACGGACGUGGCGGAGAGGGUCUGGGCGAAGUCCUACGAGAUACAUUUCUCAAAUAUCAUAGUCAUGCGGAAAUGACAACGCCUGCUCUUGUAGUCAUCGGUGAUAGUGACGUGCCGGAUCUAAUCUCUCGGGGGCCGGAGUACCACGCGGAUGCUUAUUACAGCAGUAAAGGGCCAAAGUCACUACUUACUGUGACGGGCGGGAAACAUGGCUUGGGUGGAGUUGCUGGGUAUGAUACGGCAGAGGCAGCUGAUGAUGAGAGCCCUGAGAGACUGGCCAUGGUCCAAAGGCUUACUUGGGCGUAUCUUCGCAGUCGACUAUACCCCGAGGAUCCUGCUUGGUCAGAGGCAUGCUUUGUUUUGCAAAAGCUUCCUGGCUUGGGCAGGGCUGAAAUGAAGCGAGUCUAA